UGCACCGUGUAUGGUAAGUGUCCUGUCCUCCAGUCAAAACAUUUCCCUCAUUGUUUACAAACAUUGUCUCGGAUUCGAAGGAGGAAGAAAGAUCAUCUGAAGUGACUGGAAGUGUUUUUUCCAUCUGACGUCAAUGCAAGUUCAAAAGAUUAUUUACGGCCACGAAUGAACGAUGUGAUGGGCACCAUAUCAUAUGAAGAAUUCGCCGGGAGUUGCUUCGAGUUCCUCAAGUUGUCGCAAGAAAUUCAAGAUGGUUGGGAAGCUAAAGGUGAUGCCCAGCAGGAAGGAAACCUUUAUCUCAUGAAGUUGGAACGCGUUGAAGAUGUUUUACAAGAUGGCUUUCCUCCACGUGAGAAAUGUGGUGGUGAGAAAGACGGGAAUACCGAAGACAAUAUAGAAACUAUUGACAUUUUGGAAGACAGUGAUGACCUAUGCCCCGAAGAUCCUUCAGCUAUUGACAAUGUUUGUUCAAAUACUAUCAUAACUUAUGAAUAUCACAUCACUUACAGCAUCAGCUAUGCUGUGCCUGUGUUGUUUUUCAAUGCUUACACUCACUCGGGUAAACUUCUGACGCUUGAGGAAAUGUGGAAAAGGGUAAGCCCACAACACAGCAAACAGAUUCUGCACCAGAAAUGGGAGAGCCUGACACAGCAAGAGCAUCCUGUGCUUGGGAGACCUUUCUAUCAGCUACACCCAUGUAAUACGGCAAAAUUAAUGGCUGAGUUUAGCAAAGACCGUGAAGAUUUAGCGACUCUGAAAGGCCUAAGGUAUAUGAUAAGCUGGUUAAGUACCUUUGGACAAGUUGUGGGCCUGAAACUCCCAAUAAGUUAUUUUCAGUGCUGAUAAUUGUUAAAGAGAUUUAGAAAGUGAUUUAUAGAUUAGUGAUAUGUGAUAUUACAGCCUAAAGAUUUAGUUUUACAAAAAUAUUAAAUUUGGCAUACAGCAGAUACUAUUGCCAGUUAACACAAGUAGAUAAAAACCAUACAUUGUAUUUUCCUAUACGUCCUUAGUUUGCUUGUGGAUCACUAAGAACAUAACUGCAUAUAUAUAAGAAAUAUCAAUAAUAGAUAUUUUUUCAUAUUGAUUUUGAUGUAUAUUAUGAAUCUUCUAUUAUCUGAGUCAUGACCAAUAUCUUUGUGCAAUGAUGUACCUCUCUGGCAUUAUAAUGUACUUACAUAAAGAGACCUUGUCCAACUUAA